CAAGCUUGACCUGUGACGCUCCGCGCGGUUCAAGAUCAAGUUAGUUGCAUCACCAAACUUCAUAUUACCAGCUUCUCCAUCCUCCUCCAUCUCCAUCUCCGCUCUCCUCCCUCCAACCUCGUCUCCUGGAUAUAUCCUUUGGCUCAUCCCACAAAUAACCGCUCGCUGCUAGCAGCCGCGACGCUGUAAUCAUAGCUAAUCAUGUCCCUCGACCCGCCAACGUACCUGGCCUCUCUUCAGAGCAACAUCCGUCAGCGACCCAUUCCCUGGGACGGUGCUGUCAGGGCCGGCACCCUCACCGAGGAGCAGUAUGCAAAGAUUCGAGCUGUAGAUAAGGCCAAGAAGCCUGAGCAAAGAAAGGAGAUUGUGUCGGGGGAUAUUGAUGGAUAUCGCGUCUUGUUUGUUGGCGAUGAUGGAAAGACGAGCGUUCUCGAGACGGCGGGAAAGCAUGCGAAUGUGAUCCAGUACAUCCUAGUGUUGCUUGGCGACCUUCUCGAGGCUGUUCCACCUCUAGCCAAGGCCCUCUUCAAGACAAAGGAGCCUUAUCGACAUUUUUUGCCUCUGCUUAACUCGACUAAUGCCGAGGAUCCUAUUCCAUUGCUUACUGCACAUGCUCUUACCACACUCAUGGCUCUUGCUCGAGACGAGUCCCGAUCUACCCUCCAGGCUCUGCCUGUGAUUCUCACCUAUGUCUCCGGCUUGGCCAAGAGUAAUGAUGCCGGCCUACAAGAUAUCGCUGUACAGGAGUAUUCGUCUCUGCUCUUUGGGCAUGUCGCAAGAGAGCAGUUCUGGAACCAGCGAAGCGAGACGAUUGCACCCCUGAUCAAGAUUCUUCAAACUGCAGCUGGCAUUGGAAAUGGAGGCAGCUCAUCUGCCAGUCUCUGGAGCGGUAACACUGGUACCGGAUCUGCUGGCUUCGGGGGUUCUCUGAGUGGAGGGGUUGGUCUCCAGCUUCUCUACCAUGCUCUCCUUGUUAUCUGGCAGAUAAGUUUUGAGGCUGAGGAGAUUGGUGAUGAACUCAACGACGAGUACGAUAUUGUCCUCCUUUACACUCACCUUCUACGAUUAUCACCCAAGGAAAAGACAACUCGGUUGAUCCUUUCUACACUCUACAACCUUCUUGAGAAAAACCAGAAAUCACUUCUACCCACCGCAGUUCUUGCUCGCCUUCCCGCCCUUCUCGAGAACAUCAGUGGUCGCCAUCUGACUGAUCCCGACUUGCUGGAGGAUCUUUCGAAGCUCAAGGAAAUGCUGGAAGAGUACACCAAGACCAAGACCACAUUCGACGAGUAUGUUGCUGAGGUGCAGUCUGGUCACCUUCGAUGGUCGCCCCCUCACCGAAACACAGUCUUCUGGGCUGAGAAUGCCCGCAAGAUCCUCGAGUUUGAGAAUGGAGAGAUUCCUCGGAAGCUGGCCGAGAUCAUGCGGCAGCCCUGGGAUAACGACAAGCAAGUGCUUGCAAUUGCCUGCAACGAUGUUGGGUGUCUGGUGAAGGAGGUUCCCGAGAAGAGAUAUCAAUUAGAGAAGGUUGGUCUCAAGAGAAGGAUCAUGGAACUCAUGCAAUCAGAUGACGAGAACGUGCGAUGGGAGAGUCUCCGAGCUCUCGGAGGCUGGCUAAAGUACAGUUUUGAGCAACAGUGAACCGGCUGAGAUCAGUCCUAGAGGAGUGUAGUAUUUUGCUGGAGUGUCUUGUUUGUUACGCGGGCGUCUUGAUGUCAUCACUUCUGGCAGGUCCGAGUUCACAAGCUUAGAGAAUCACAGUAGACGAGCUGAGCUGAGCUGAGCUGAGGAGCGGGGACAAGAAAGAGCAUCAGCUUGUAAUGGCAUACUUUUUAGUCAUUAGUAGUUUGAGCAGCAUCACCUCGACUACGAUUGCGCGUGAGAAUGAA